AUGGACGCCUUAAGUUCAUCCUACAGGGUGCUUGCCGCUUUGCCAGCCCGGCUAAGUGCGCGCCGCCUAAUCCCCUCACAAUUGCGCGCUGCGCAUGUAGCACCACCGCAUUGGCGAUUUACAAGGCAGAUGCGGAGUAUCAGCGCAGUAGCAGACAAGGCGCCUACCAUUGACCGGUCAAAAUCGAAGCUAUUCGACAGCGCCGACGAAGCUGUCGCUGACGUACAAUCCGGCUCUACAAUUCUCAGCGCAGGCUUCGGACUCUGCGGUGUUGCCGAAACACUCAUCCGGGCGCUGCAGAAGCGCGGACCCGAUUCUUUGAACUCAUUAACCGCUGUGUCGAACAAUGCUGGCAUUGAGGGCGUUGGUGGACUCGCUCAUCUCACUCAGAGUGGGCAGGUGAAUAAGUUGAUCAUCAGUUUCCUGGGCAACAACAAGGCGCUUGAGAAGCAAUAUCUGAGUGGUGGCAUUGAGAUUGAGCUUUGCCCGCAAGGCACGUUGGCUGAGCGCAUCAGGUCAGCCGGCGCUGGAAUCCCUGCCUUCUACACACCCACAGCUGUCAACACAUUACUUCAGGAUGGCAAGAUUCCCGCAAGGUUCGACCAGGAGGGCAAGGUUAUUGGAUACGGCACGCCGCGAGAGGUGCGCGAGUUCAAUGGCAAGAAGUUCCUGAUGGAGACCGCUUUACAUGGCGAUGUAGCCAUCAUCAGGGCGCACAAGGCCGAUGAGGCGGGCAACUGUGUCUUCAGGUACACCACAAAAGCUUUUGGCCCCAUCAUGGCCAAGGCCGCUCGCCUCACCAUCGUCGAAGCUGAACACAUCGUCCCUAUCGGAACUUUCGACGCCAACGAGAUCGAUCUUCCUGGUAUCUUCGUCGACCGCAUCGUCCCCGCGACUGUCCCCAACAGCAUCGAGAUCAAGAAGCUCCGAGACCCCUCAUCCUCCGGCAAGCCCGCAGGCGGACACCGCGCUCGCAUCGCAAAGCGCGCGGCAAAGGAGCUCAAGCAAGGCUACUAUGUCAACCUGGGUGUCGGCAUUCCCACAGACGCCGCAACAUAUGUCCCCGAUGGCGUCAAGGUCUGGCUCCAGAGCGAGAACGGCAUUCUCGGCAUGGGACCGCAUCCCACAGAGGAGGAAGUCGAUGCGGACAUUGUCAACGCUGGAAAGCAGACCGUCACACUCCUGCCCGGUGCUUCGACGUUCGACAGCAGCGAGUCCUUCGGCAUGAUCCGCGGCGGCCACGUCGACGUUUCGAUCCUCGGUGCGCUGCAGGUCAGCGCCUCCGGCGACCUGGCCAACUACAUGGUGCCCGGCAAGGUCUUCAAGGGCAUGGGCGGCGCCAUGGAUCUCGUCAGCAACCCUGAGCAGACCAAGGUCGUCGUCGCGACCGAACACGUUGCCAAGGACGGGAGUAGCAAGAUCGUCCAGGAGUGUAUGCUGCCGCUCACUGGCGCCAAGUGUGUGAGCACUAUCAUCACGGAUCUGUGUGUGUUCGAGGUGGACAGGAUCAACGGCGGUUUGACAUUGACCGAGAUCGCGAAUGGUAUUACUGUGGACCAGGUUAGGGAGAAGACUGAUGCUGAAUUCAAGGUUGCGGAUGAUCUGAAGAGUAUGGAGGACGAGAGUCUCGUUGAGGGUACUUAG